AUGGAGUACCUCUCGGCCCUGAAUCCCAGUGGCCUGCUCAGGUCAGUAUCUAAUGUGAGCUCGGAGGUUGGACGUAGGGUCUGGAACUCUGCUCCACCACCCCAGAGACCUUUCCGUGUCUGUGAUCACAAGCGGACCACCCGGAAAGGGCUGACAGCUGCCACAUGCCAGGAACUGCUAGCCAAGGCACUGGAAACCCUGCAGUUGAGUGGAGUGCUAACACUGGUGCUGGAGGAGGAUGGGACCACUGUGGAGAGUGAGGACUUCUUCCAGCUAUUGGAGGAUGACACGUGUCUGAUGGUGUUGGAGGCAGGGCAGAAUUGGAGCCCUAUCAAGAGCAGGAUGCUGUCAUACGGCCUGGGCCGAGAGAAACCCAAGCACAGCAAGGACAUCGCCCGCAUCACUCUUGAUGUGUAUAAGCAAAACCCCCGAGACCUCUUUGGCAGCCUGAACGUCAAAGCCACAUUCUAUGGGCUAUAUUCCAUGAGUUGCGACUUUCAAGGACUCGGCCCGAAGAAAGUACUCAGGGAGCUCCUACGUUGGAUCUCCAAGCUGCUUCAAGGCAUAGGCCAUGUGAUGCUGGGCAUUUCCUCUACCCUGCGCCAUGUAGUGGAAGGGGCCGAGCAGUGGCACCGGCAGGGCCGCCUCCAUGAAUACUGA